AGGAAAUCAUUAUACGAUUUAUUAUGCGAAUAACUAAUGAUAUAGUAAUGCAUGGUUGCACGCAUAUACAAUAAACUAAACAUUGUUUCAGAACACCGUAUGCACUCAUUUCGUAUCGUUCUAGAACAGUGUUCCAAAUGCACUAGAACUCUCCUCUAUCUUUAAUUUGAGGGCGUGUAUAAAAAAGUACUAAUACAGUGUCUCAUACAGUAUAACAACAAUAAGUCUUGCUACUUUCUACAUGUAAACAUCGAACAGUCAUGAGAUUACUCAUCGUUACUUUGGCUACAAUAUUCACGUUUACUGGUUUUUGUGAGUCAUGUAGCCCGGCUGAGGGUCACAAAUGGAAGUCGAUUGCGGAAUUAACCAAACUGGCACCGCUGGUGUUGCAUGCCAAAGUCGUGGCAACAGCCAACCGAACGAUACACCAAUGGGAAUAUAAUGCAACACUGAAUGUCAUCCAAGUUUACAAGGGGAAAUUGAACGAAACUCUAAUUGUAGUUGCGGGCUUCGCAAACUCGGCGUCUUGUCAGUCUGACGUUUUUGUCGGAGAUGAGAAGAUAUUUUUCUUGGAUGUUGGUCCGUUCAGAGCUAGGUAUGAUGAUAUAUCUUCUGCUGUGGCAACGAAUUCAAGCGAGACGUUUCAGGGAAUUCUCGAAGGGCUUUGCUGUCCCUAUACAUCAGGUUGGUUUAUUGUACAUUUAAAGAGACAGCCCACAACUCACAAGCAAACUCCUAUUUUCGAUGACGUUAUCAUCAUAUAGCCAUCGUCAGUAUGUAGUUGUAGAUGUGGGCGACUGGGCGGUUGUAUGAGACUCUUUUAACUACGUUUUUAACACUAUAAUGAGAACAAUUAUAGACCACUGUGAAUGAUAGUGCUGGGCAAUAUUGAGUACUCUAUGUGCCAAGUCAGGUGUAGAAAGUAUUUAUUGCAUUUUGGGCUUUUGGAUUGAAUCACCCAGUAAUGAAAACUAAUAUUUUCCCGCUGACAAACAAGUGUCGGAAGUGACCGAUACUCACUUCUGGUAUUUUGCGCUUAUAUUUUUGGUCUCAAAACUCGGAAAUAGGUUACUGGUGCCGAUGGCUACUAAUCUUCAAAUUAAUCUGUAUCGAAUUAAAAAUCUGGCAUGGUAUCCGACCCAGAACUAGUGCAUGCUUGCAGCUAUAUAUAGUCUUGACAUACAUUGUGGGGGAACAUUAGAAAAUUUUGAAAUGUUAUCAUUGUUGCACAUUGUUGAGAAAUAAUUAUAAUUUUAGGAAAAUUAAUCAAAUACAUUGUAUAUUAUUUGCCAAGGGUCAACGAGAUUAUCCCUCUCUUCACAGCGCAAGCCGAGACACAGGGUCUUUUUUAAGAAUUUGUCCGUAGGGGGGGGGGGGCAACUAGAGAAAGGGACCAUACUAAACUGAGUGUGGAGAGAUGACAGAUAGUUGUUGGUGACAAAAAGUUUGGUGUGGUGUCAUAUGUUAUAGUAGGGGUUAUUUUCCCCCAGAAAAAGUUCGUAUUUUUCCACCCCUAGGGGGGACUGCAUUUCGUGUGUUUUCUGAAACAGAUUUUUGGGUAGCAGCGUUAUAUUAUACUGUAGAUAGAAUGAAUCUUCACAGGGGCGUCGGAGCAGCUCGAAAAUUAGUGGAGGGAGGUACACUUAGCGGUCGCCGAAGGCAGGUGACAAUCCAGGGGGUUCGGAGGCAUGCCCCCCGGAAAAAAAUUUAAAAUUAGAGUGUCUGAAAUGCCAUUUCCUGCACUUUAGACGGAGAUUUACGGAGUUCUAAAAGUAACAAAAUGUCAUAAAUAUCUCAAACUAUUAUGUCCACACCCAUAACUGAUCGAAAUAAUAUCAUUAAUUUUGUGGUUUAUUAUUGACCAUUCGGUUAAAAAGUAGGAGGCCCAAAGACAUUUAGGACCCUCCCAUGCAACUAAAAAAGUGGAGGGGGGCAGCCCCCCCCCCGCUUCCGAUGCCCCUGAAUCUUCAGUACGUUAAGUACUUGCAUGGUAUGUUUAUGUAAAUGAUACCACAACUCGGUCACCAACUUAUUUAGCCUAGCUUUCCAACAACUCAAAUCUAUAGGGUCUGGGAUAUGCUAUACACUUGGACAUUUUUUAGAAUCUAAGGUAUUUACAACACAAUGUUUAGCAUUUUUAAAAUUAAGUCAUUGAAUCAUUUGAAGAUAAAAGACAGGACAUAAGAUUCACAAAGCAAGGUUUAGUUACAGGGUUCGUAGCGGUCUUUGAAAUCCUUGAAAGUCUUUAAAUUUGAAUGCAGGUCUUUAAGGUUAAGUCUUUGAAGUGUGUGAAAAAGCGAAGAAAGUCUUUAAAAGUCUUUAAAUUCUUUAGUGAUUAUUUGAUUAUACGAUUUCCUGGCUAAUAAAAUAGAUUGAUUGAAGCAAGAUUUUCGCAAACAUCGACGAAAAAGUGCAUUUUAGGAUGUGAUUUGACGGGACUAAUUACCUGGUAAAAAUGGUGCUUAUACAUCGCAAUUUUUCGACACCUGAUUGUUCUCAAAGGUCUUUGAAAAGUCUUUGACAAUAGGCAGAAAAACUCUUUGAAAUUUUUUGGUCUUGGAGACUACGAACCCUGAGUUACUAAAAUAUCAAGCCUCCCUUCCAAAUUCAAUUUUCCUUCCAAUGUUUCCCUUGUAUUUCAGAGAAAAGGGACUUUGACUGGGGGAGGGGCAAAGUGGUUGAGUGAGGGGGGGGGGGUUUCCUCCCACAAUGAAUGUUGACAGGGUGGGUUGGGAUUAGCCCCAAACUAACCUUCCCUCGUAGCUGUGCUCUGUCAGUGUGAUCAGGCAGUAAGCCUUCGACUCAAUCAGGUUGAGCUGCGUCCUUCGUUAUUUAGGCAGUUCAAAAAUAAUUGAUGUACUUCCAGGGAGAGGUCUUCAAUCUUACAUUACUCUCUCCUUGUUAUUUGUGUAUAUAUCUGCAUGCCACAUGUGGAAUAAUUUUCUCUUUCAGAUUGUCCACGACCAAAAUUUACCUGCCGUGGUUGUACGACGGCUGUUACAUCGACCUGGUUUUUUAUCAUGUAAGUUUAAAAAAAAUAGAGGUCAUACUGGAAAUAUCCCUUAUUCUCAGCCUGAAUAUAGUUUAUUAUUUAGUUCUUCUACCGCUUAUGUAAAGCUCAUUUUACAUUGAUAAUAAAGAUAUGUAUAUGUUCCGAUACAGUUGCAGUAUGAAACAGUUUAAACAGGCUAGCUUCAUCAUAGACAGUUCGUAGUUAAAUUUUAGCCCCCCCCCAAUAAAACUCGUCCACAGCCUAUGUGUGAAGUAUAUAUAGGUAUAUCAGUUUAUAUCUUCGAUUUGAUUCCUUCAUGAAAACCUAUAUAAAUUCAAUAAAUAAUAAUGUUGAGGCAAUUCAUGAAUAUAAUGGUACGUACUAAUACUAGUACUACGUACGCCAAAUGUAUAAUUCUUCAAAUAGUCUAGGGUCAUAUUAUAUUGGAACUUAAAUUGCUCAUCAGUUGCGUUUUAUGGGCAACACGAUAAAAAAGUUGAUGAAUUUUAAAAGUUUACACAAGAAAUUUCCAACAAAGUGAUCUAAAGACAUUGCAUGCAGUCCUCGCUGAUUCAUUCGAUUUAUUUAUUCUCUAUAAUUAUUCGCUCUUGUUUCUUUAGAAUGUUGGGCAGCACCAAAUUAUUCGUUGGUUGGUAAAGAAUGUAAUGGUUCAAACUGUAUUAUAAGGAUUGCAAGUUUUAUACAACAUUUUUUUACGCUUUCGAUGUCCGCAACUUUUGGUUUUAUAGUAUAUCCAGGCAUCCAGCCAAGUUUUGCGUCAUUAUUUAUUUUAUAUAGUAUAUAUAUGUAGCAUAUUUUACGAUAAACCAAUCACGGAAAAUCAAUCAUGGCUUUAUUAAGCCAUCAUCUACAUUUGUCAUUUAUAGUCUUUAUACACGCGUAAAAUUGUAAAAAUCUCAAGUCUGUCAACAAAUUGUGCUCGCACUGCUUGUACGAAGUUGUCAACAAGUUUGAAACAAGCUUUUAGCAACGCUAUAACU